GGACUUCGUCAACGAUUUCCCUCCGAGGUAGUCGCUCUUGUCGGCGUUUCGUUGUGUUUCAAUUUUCACUGUUUCACCGUUUCAGUAGUAGUUCAGAUUUCCACAACAUCGGUUGUGUUGAACCUGUUUUCGAUUUGAUCGUCGGGUAAAAUUAUUACUGAAUUUUUCGCGAAUUUCUUCAAUAAUUAUUGUAAUUCGUAUGAACAAUUUUGAAAGAUUUUAUUGCCGUUUGUGGGAUAUGAGAAACAUGAAACAUAUCAGAGCAGUUCAUAUCAUCUAGAACUAUAUUAAUAAAAAGGCAAUUGAUUCAAUAUUCAUAUAGAUAUGAAAGUCAAUAAUGUUGUUGGUAGAUUUUCUCGUAGUAGUUCAACUCGAGCUCCAUCCAAGAAAAAUUCUGUACUCCCAAAAUCAUCUUAUUCUACACCAAACACCUGUAGUUCCCCGCGGAGUCCUACUGUGAACUAUCAUGUGAGAGAACCGCCCGUCGAUAUACCUAAGUCUCCAAGUGCCGAUCAAAAAUCACCUAAUUAUCAAAGGAGCCCUAAAAUUUCUAAAAUGGGUAUAAAUUCUCCUAAAGUAUCCCUCAGCAGUCCCAGUCAGACUGAAAAAAUAUUCAAUUUCGCUGAAACUGAUUUUAGACCAAACAAGUCUCCGAGGUCGCCAAGAUCACCGAAGAAAUUCAACUACGAUGACGGUCCUAGAGAUACUCCAGGUUCCAGUGACAGUAAUGGAUAUUACUUCAAUCUAGCCUCACCACCAAAAAAAUCAGGAAUGAGCAAUCGCCAGAUGUACCAGUCUUCAAAAAGCGAUUCCAUGAACUCUACCAAAUCUAGUUUAGAAUAUUCUUCUACCACCCAACAUCCAACAGGAGCAUACCAAGAUAUUCAAUACAAAGUCUGUCAUUCCUUGGAUUCCGAUACACAAUCCCAAACCACAUCCAGCUAUCGACAUUCCUCCACAAGUCUCAGCUCAAGACACUCAUCUAUAAAAGAGAAGAGAAAACCGAGAUGCAAUAUACGGACAAAUCCAGGUUAUGAUGAUCGGUAUUCUUCCUGUAAAUCUAUUAAUGAGUAUGAGGGAAGCAACAAAACUUUAAAAAGAUUUGAUUGCCGGAAAUCCACCUCCGAUUUAACAGAUAUGACAGACGAUGUGGCUCAUACAAUGACCACGUCAUUAAGCAGACCCAGCUCUCCGAGAAGAAAGGGAUCUGUAAAGGGUCUUGCAUAUUUAGCGUCCAGGCGCAGCUCCAGAGAUUCCAUUGCUUCCAAUAUGUCAAAUGUAUCGUACGAAGAUAUAGGCCCCCUGAAUUUCCAAAAUACUGUUCGAGGUCGACAAAGGAGAACUUCUAAUUUCUUAGAAUUGCCAGUUCCAGAUCAUAUCAGACCGAGAGUGUGUUCUCUGCCGGAGAAACCCUACAAUCCCCGUCUAAAUGAUGACCUAUAUCGAUUGCGAACAUUCAGCAUUACGAACAAGGGUGGAGUUGUGAACUGUGGGGAUUCCAUAAUUAACAGAAGAUCCAGGUCGAAUACUAGUGUCAAUUCUACAGCCAGCAGAGCCAGUAACGUUUCUGGAGAAAGGUCGCCGUUUGAAGGGUCCUGCUGCGGUUCAGGUUAUCAUACGGUUGAUUCCACACCGCUGGGAUCGCCCGAAGAAGUCGAAGUUCCAAAAUACAGAGUAGUUAUGUUAGGUGAUGCUGGUGUUGGGAAAACUGCACUUGUAUCGCAAUUCAUGACGUCUGAGUAUAUGAAUACAUACGAUGCAAGCUUAGAUGAUGAAUUUGGAGAACGGACCGUAUCGGUAUUACUAGAUGGAGAAGAAUCCGAAAUGAUAUUCAUCGACCAUCCUUCUUCAGAGAUGUCGGUGGAAAAUUCUUUGAGUACUUACGAACCUCACGCGUGUGUCAUGAUAUAUUCAGUGGUAUCCAGAUCCAGUUUUCAACAUGCUGAAGAAACAUUGAACUACCUAUGGCGAGAAGGUUAUACCCAAGAAAAAAGCGUUAUUGUAGUAGGAAAUAAGGCGGAUUUAGCACGUGCUAGAGUAAUUUCUCCAAACGAAGGAAAAUCGCUGGCAGUGGCAAGAGACUGCAAAUUCAUAGAGACAUCCAGUGGAAUUCAGCACAACGUUGAUGAGCUUCUUGUCGGUAUCCUAAAACAAAUUAGACUGAGAGAAUCGAGAGAAAAGAAGAAAGCCACGUUGAAGAAGGACAACCAUAAAAUACACGGUUCGAAGACAAGUCUGAGUUUAAAUAUAGCUAGAGAGAUUCUUCAGAAAAUAUGUUUAAAUGAUAUCAGUAAAUCAAAAUCCUGUGAAAAUUUACAUGUUUUAUAAAUAGAUUGUAGUGAAAAAAUACAUAUUUUUCUAAAAAUGCAAAUACUCUGCUAAAUUCAUAUUUUCUCAAAAAUUUUUCUGAAAUUUUCUUACUGUUGAUAGUGUUUUUACAUGGUUAAAUGUAUUUCAACAACAUAAGCCAUGCCUAUUUUUAAGAAUAUUAUUAAUUCUCAAAUCCAUAAAAGUGUUUAUAAUCAAUAGUAUAACAAUCUAAAAGUUUUACCUGAAUCUCUCCAGAACGUUCUUUUUGAUUUGAUAAUCACAUAGAUAAUGCACGAUGUCAUGCAUCCAUUACUGCAAAUUUAUUUCUCAAAUAUUCAUAAACAUGUGACGCUUUAAGUUUGGAUUGGACUACAGAAGACAGAAGGCCGUCAGUUGAAACAAUUUUAAUUGGGUUUAAAAGGAAGCAACCAUGACUGAAUAUUUACAGAUAGGUAAAUUAUAAAUUGACUGUUCGAAAAAUGUAACAUGAGGGCUCUAUAUACAGAAUGAGUUUUAUGUAUGGAACGCCUCAAUUAUCUCGGAAAUGGCUUGUACAAGUUUCAUAUAUUUUUUCUAGUGAUACGUCCGGUAUUAUGGUGGUAUCUACAUUGUUGUUAGAUCUUUCCAUUUUCCGAAAAAAUAAUCAAAUUUGUUAUUUCAAAUGGAUCACCCUAUAUAUUCUGUGUUUCUAGAAAUCCUUAAAAAAUAAUGAAUAUUUUUCAUGUAAUAUUCUCUUUACCUAAAUGCCAUAAUUGUCCAUUUAGUUCAAUACAACACGCCAUGCGAUUUUUAAAAUUUUGCAAUACAUGUUGCAACAUCCGUGACUGCUCAAUUCUUCUUAUCUCUGUGGUAAUCCUAUCUUUUAAUUCCUGAAUAUUGGCAGGCUUUAUUCUAUAAACAAUAUUUUUUGUGAAAUCACAGGAAAUAGUCUAAAGGAUUCAUGUCGGAUAAUCUCGGGGGCCAUUCAAAACCAUGCCUUCCAAUUCAUCUUCUCAAAUAUUGUCCUUUGGGAUAUUGUUAUUGUCUGAAAAUUUCUAAUAAUGAAGUUUUUUUUAAAUGUAAUUGAAAUACUUACUUAGAUUUGGAAAUAUCCGAGCAAACGCAGGUAAAAUACUAUUUUCCAAUAAAUCUAAAUACACCGAACCAUUUAAGUUAACCUCAAUUAAAAAGGAAUCAAUUAUUUUGCCCCUAUACAUUCAGU